AUGGAGUCCGAUGGACAUGCAAGAACUGGCAGCACCAGUGACGAGGAAAAGGUGGUUGCUUCUGCAGCAAUUCACUCUAACCUCCCGACGGACCCUGAUGCGCACCUUUCAGAUGCAGAGCGCAAGGCCAUCGACCGAAAACUUGUCUGGAAAUUGGACUUGUAUUUGAUUCCUUGGCUUUGUAUACUUUACCUCCUUGCUUUCUUGGACAGAACGAACAUUGGAAAUGCGAAGAUCGAUGGGCUCCAAAAAGACUUGCACAAGAUGUCAACUGGGCGAUACAAUGCAGCUCUUUCGAUGUUCUUCAUUUCGUACUCGAUCUUUGAACCAUUGACCAAUGUUCUUUUGAAACGCCUUCGCCCAUCUAUUUUCAUCCCGAUAAUCAUGACUAUCUGGGGUGUUGCUAUGUUGUCAAUGGGAUAUGUUAAGAAUUGGUCCGGCCUUAUGACAGCUAGAUGGUUCUUAGGUAUGGCUGAAGCUGGCCUAUACCCUGGUGUAAACUACUUUCUCUCAUGUUGGUACAAGCGUGAUGAAUUUGGUGUUCGCGCAGCUAUCUUCUUCUCUGCUGCCGCGUUUUCCGGAUCUUUUGGAGGACUUCUUGCUGCAGCCAUUGCAAACUUGGAUGGAUUAGGAGGAAGACCAGGCUGGGCAUGGAUCUUCAUCAUUGAGGGUGUCAUUACGGUUGGAUUCGGUCUUCUAUCCUUUUUCUUUGUUCAUGACUUCCCCGAUACCGCCACCUUCCUUUCGGAGCAAGAUCGUGCCCGAGUCAUUCGCAGACUUAAGAUGGAUAAACAAUCAAGUGCUGAGCAUGAGGAGUUCAAGAUGGAAUAUUUCUGGGCUGCUGUGAAAGAUUACAAGAUGUGGUUGGGUAUGAAACCUAUAACUAAUACAAAACCGAAGUUCAUAUAUAUGGGCUGUGAUAUGCCAUUAUAUGCUUUCUCUCUCUUUCUCCCAACUAUUGUUGCCGAGAUGGGAUAUAAAACUACUCGCGCACAAUUACUUUCGGUUCCUCCUUACGCCUGCGCUGCAGUCCUCACAAUUCUUGUUGGUUUCGCUGCCGAUCGUACUAAGCGUCGCGGAAUCUUCAACAUUUGUACCUCACUCCUAGGUGUUAUUGGAUUCGGUCUGCAACUUGGAUCACAAGCACCACACGUCAAGUAUGCAGGUACAUUCUUGGGUGCUCUUGGUAUCUAUCCCUGUAUUGCAAACACUAUUUCAUGGGUUAGCAACAAUACUGAGGGCGUUUACAAGCGUGGUAUCGUUCUCGGAUUCGUCAUUGGAUGGGGAAAUCUCAACGGUAUUGUUAGCAGUAACAUCUACUACAAGGCGCCGAAAUUCACCGUAGGCCAUGCGACUGUCAUGGCUUACAUGAUUGUCUGCCUAUUUGGUGGUAGUGUAGCAAUGCAUCUCUUGUUACGCAGAGAGAAUGCAGCUAGAUUGGCCGGAAAGAGAGAUCAUUUGGUUGCAGGAAUGACGGAGAAGGAAGCCGAGAAGUUGGGUGACAAUCGUCCUGACUUCUUGUACACCCUUUAA